UUCCAUCUCCCAUGGUUCAGCGACACGGCCCACGCAGACCGCUCUCCGACUCUCUCGAAAUUAUGGGCCCCGAUUCUGAAUCUUCGGACACGGAGGCUGAGUCGGUCGACACUGCCCUGAACAUCAAAGGUGGUCUGCGGUUUCGCGACAACCCCACCACCCAGAAAGCGCACGUCAUUCUGCGACGCGUCGCGCGGGACGAGGAUGAAUCGAGCGACAAAGAAGGGGGCGACGAUGUCGUGUACUUCAAGCUCUUCGCGUUUAAAUCCAUCAAUCUCAAGUCUGGAAAGGAACUACUGUUGACAGUCGAGACUGAAGACGAUCAUUUUAGAGACCGCGUCGUGUAUCUGGAAGCGAAUGUGGACUACGGGGAAGAAGAAGAUUCUGAUGCCGAAGAUGCCACCCAGGUUGAGGAAGAGCAGGAGGAGCAGGAGGAUAUCGCCGAGUUGACGCAAGAGGCUGAGGAGCAUAUUCCUCCAAAGAUGCGUCGACAUUGGUACAAAAGAGUUGAGGAAGUAAGCCCGCCCACGAGACUAUUUGCCACAGUUGGCGUGCAGACAGAUCAUAAUUACGUGUCUGCUGCGACUCAGGUUGAUUCUCCCGCUGCCAAUGCCGUAUCCAUUGGUCUGCAGACUCUACCAGAACAGUCAUCCAUCUCCCAGAACUCUGUUCUCGUGCAAACGGAUGAACUGGAUUUGGAUGCAGUGGUAGUUCAACAUAAACAGAACCCCGAGAAUGUCGUUUCGAGACCCACACUACUCGAACCGCUGACGAUCGAGCAGUCGCCGUCCACUUCAGAGCCCAUGGAACUGUCGCCUGUGAUUUCAGAGCUUGAAGCCCUUCCGGAAAUCGUCGUCGUUCAGACUCCACAUUCUCCGCUGCCUGCGGGGAAAAUGGAUAGUGGAGACUCGAACACGUCCAUGACUUCCUGCCAUCGCCCGGCGAAACCAUUGUUCAAUCCAUUUGUGUCGGGUGGUUUCAUCACAAAUUUCUCAGGCGCUGUGGGAGACGUUGAAUGCUCCGAGGCGACCGAGGAUCCGUUCCCUGUUGCCUCGCCGCGUGCGCUGAGUGCACGAGAUUCGACGGAUGCCAACUCUGAUUCCGUCCCCGUCCCAUCCUCAUCGUCUGGUGCGGCCGCUUCUGAGGCAGCCGAUGCGCUGUCCUCUGAUUCUGUUCCAAACAACCAUGAGCCACAAAUUGCACGCUCAUUCAUGCACCCUGACCGUCGCUCCCUGAUAGAUGCUGUGCAUCCCGACCGCCACUCACUUGUUGAUCUCCCCGCGAAGCCUGCGAAGAGACGAAGACAUACGCAUCGUGGCCGGCCAAAAGCUAGAGAUCGCGGUGGCGAGGACAAGGAUCCCGGCCUUGAAUCUGAUAGCUUUUGGUCCAGAACGAAGAGCUCUGAUCCAUUGACCAAACGGGCUGAACCACAUAACAAACCGUACUGGAGACCAGCCGAUGCUGAUCCUGCGGAGUCGAGCUCUGGCCCUUCAACGUCGUCCACGGACUUGCGAGCGUGGUCCCAGGUUCGCUCCGGUUCAGCUGAUAAUCCGCUCAGCAUGCGACCAUGGCGCGUGGUCCCAGUCGGACCGGUUGACGGUCACGCCAAUGAGGCUCUUCAACCAAAGCGACUGGACCCUGUCGGACACAGUGGACCUCUUGUGCUGGAGUCUGCCGUUUCACGGACCCAACGCAGUGUAUCGCUGGAUCAGCCGAGCAGCUCCCGGGUACCUGCGGCGAACUUUGACGAUGCCCUCGAUUACGGAUCACCGCCUCCUGACUGCUAUAACGUCCGCAAAGCUUGGCUCAAGGAUCCUCAUGACGACGAUCCACACCAACCGACUCUCAUUGGAUCCUAUAGAGCAUUUCCCAUAGAUCUCACCUCGCCAGUUCUGUUCUCUGUUGCAGGCCACGAGUCGUCCGUUCAUGUGGACCCGAGCGGGUCAUCGACGCGUGCAGGCAAGUCUCCAUUGACGUGCGUGCCAAAAGGAGCCGAUGUCUCGACGACAGACUCCCAUCCUCCGCCCAAUGAGCCGGCAGCAGUAGUAUACCUGAAUCAUGGGGACCCCGAUCCAUCGUUGUCCAGAGGAAGCAAGCGCAUCCGGUCGCCUUCGCCAUUACCCUUGGUUCAUGCUGCCAAAUAUGAUCAUCCCUGGCCGGCAACUUCCUUCCAGGUUCUCACGACUCUUCACGGCAGGGGCAUCCGCCGCAUCGUGUCGAGCCCGGAUGACUCGGUCCUAGUGAUGCUUUGUAGGCUUCGAAUAGUCGGUUUCGAAGCGCAGUGCUGACCUGCACGUAGGCGACGACCGCACCGUCGAUAUCUGGAACGCCGGACGUCUUGAGCAGGUCCAUGUGACGUCUGACCCCCCGAUCUCCGCAAUCGCAUGGGCGAAUGGCAUCUUGGCUCUCAGAGAAGACGGGGUCCUCGGCAAAUGGAUGCGGAAGGUAAGUAGGCGGCCCGCGCACUAUUCAGCCGACAGAUUAAUUUCCGACCGCCAGCCUUCGCACGACGGCUGGGUCUGGCUGGAUAUACUAGCUGCGGGUGAAAAGGCUCUUGACGAUUCAUGUCUGGCUUGUACGCCGGACAAAAUCGCCGUGUCGUUCCCUCGCUCGGGAGUUAAGGUGUGGACGCUGGUCCAAGGAGGGUGGCGGCAGCAGCGCUCAAUCAUGCGGUACAAUGUUACUGCGUUGGCCUUUACGGAAGACGGUGGUGCACUUUUGGGAGGAACGAAAGAUGGGGUCGUGUGGCACACCCAGGUGCCCAACGGCACCAUGCGAGCCUGCGCGUUCCUUGAAAAAAAAUCACGUCCAUAGCGAUAAGCUGCACGGGGAAACAGGCUGUGGUAACUCAAGGUGGCCAACAUUCUCCGUGUCUCAUCAGUCUCGAUCCGACGAGCAACCGAGAUGCAAAAAUAAUGCAAGCACCAUAUUUGGCCCCAACGCCGUUCGCCGUCUAUGCUUCGCGGGGCAGACUCAUCGUCUGCGGUAAAAGCAGGAACUGUCUACUCGCGUGGGAUACAGACGUUCAAAUUGUGCACGGCUUCGAGCUCCCUGAUGGUGCGAGUCCCCCAGUUUGAGUGCUCCGUCAAUUGACUGUGCUGAAAAGAAGUCGCCGUCGUCAUUCAAACCGUGGCUGUGCGCUUGUCUCCUGUUUUUUCGUCCGCUUCGCUGAUGCCAAGGCAGAGCUCCGAUUCAUGUGUGGUAGCGGGGACAGACGAUGGACGCGUGCUGUGGUGGCCAGGCUCUCCGCUCCCGGUAGAUUCUGUGGCACAAUACAAGCGUAGUAGAGCUACUUAAGUAGUCUCCGCUCUUGACACAAGCAUAAUUCCGGAAUCUACUACUCGCUCCUCCACGAUGUGUCGGCAGAAGUCUAAGGAUCUUUUCUGGCACCAGUCGCAAAAGAUGUCGGAUUUGCAUGGUUGCAGUCUGUUAGCCUUUGCGUUUCGUUCGGCGGACGUAAGAGAACCGGGCCAGAGCACGGCGCCGAAAAUAAUUCGGAGAUCGCGAGUGAUGUUUGCUGUUGUUGGACGUCGAUCAACUGUAGCAACUCCCUCUUGCGGCACCUU